GCACAGAGCAGCUGGAGGCCACGGCGUCCCCUCGCAUCAUCAAGACCCACAUCCCAGCUCACAUCUUGCCCAAAUCCUUCUGGGAAAACCACUGCAAGAUGAUCUAUGUGGGGCGCAAUGCCAAGGACGUGGCAGUCUCCUUCUACCACUUUGACCUGAUGAACAAGCUGCACCCGCACCCUGGGACAUGGGCCCAGUACCUGGAGGAGUUCAUGGCUGGCAGAGUAGCAUAUGGCUCCUGGUACGACCAUGUCAAGGAUUACUGGGAGCGGAGGAAGGAUCACCCCAUCCUCUACCUUUUCUACGAGGACUUGAAGGAGGACCUCCGCCGGGAGGUUGCCAGAGUGGCCCAGUUCCUGGGGCGGGAGUUGUCGGAGGCAGCGCUGGAUGCCAUCACACGGCACACCUCCUUCGAGGCCAUGCGGGACAACCCCACCACCAACUACAGCAUGGUGCCCUCCCACCUCAUGGACCAGGGCAUCUCCCCCUUCAUGCGCAAAGGCACCACUGGAGAUUGGAAGAACCACUUCACUGUGGCCCAGAGCGAGCGCUUCGACCGGGACUACACGCAGAAGAUGUUGGGCACAGACCUGUGCUUCCGCACCCAGAUCUGAGGAGGCACCACUGGACACCCCCCCAAAUCCAAUCCGAUGCCGAUGGUACCACCACUGCCCUGGGUGCUGCUUCCCCUCUCCUGGGACUGCUGGAGAGAAAUAAAACGUCCUCCCUGACCCCCCCCAUGGGAUGCUCAUUGCCCUGCGACUGCGCUGACCCUGACCCCACCAUCCCCCUGGGGCCACUAGUCUCUCCUCGGCUUGGGAACAAGCCAGCGCCGCCCCAUGUCCUCUCGGCCACCGUGGCAGGGGGACUACCGCCGGCAGCUGGCGGGAUCGCAGAGGAUUUUGGCAAAACCACGUCAGGGAUGGCUGAUCCAGAUGCCUACCUGCGGCAGCCCUGGCGAACGGUGCACGGCAUCCCCAUGGUCUGUGCCUUCGCCCUUGACUGGGAGAGGGUCGACACCUUCCAGAGCCGCCCUGAGGACAUCGUGGUGAUCACCUUCCCCAAAUCUGGCACCACCUGGGUCAGUGAGAUUGUGGACAUGAUCCUGCAAGGUGGCGACGCUGAGAAGUGCAAGCGGGACAUCAUCACCAAGAGGGUACCCAUGCUGGAGUUCUCUGCCCCUGGGGAGAUGCUGGCAGGAACAGACCUGCUGGCCACCAUGCCCUCGCCCCGUGUGGUGAAGACCCACCUGCCUGCACAUGUCCUGCCCAAAUCCUUCUGGGAAAACCGCUGCAAGAUGAUCUAUGUGGGGCGCAAUGCCAAGGACGUGGCAGUCUCCUUCUACCACUUUGACCUGAUGAACAAGCUGCACCCGCACCCUGGGACAUGGGCCCAGUACCUGGAGGAGUUCAUGGCUGGCAGAGUAGCAUAUGGCUCCUGGUACGACCAUGUCAAGGAUUACUGGGAGCGGAGGAAGGAUCACCCCAUCCUCUACCUUUUCUACGAGGACUUGAAGGAGGACCUCCGCCGGGAGGUUGCCAGAGUGGCCCAGUUCCUGGGGCGGGAGUUGUCGGAGGCAGCGCUGGAUGCCAUCACACGGCACACCUCCUUCGAGGCCAUGCGGGACAACCCCACCACCAACUACAGCAUGGUGCCCUCCCACCUCAUGGACCAGGGCAUCUCCCCCUUCAUGCGCAAAGGCACCACUGGAGAUUGGAAGAACCACUUCACUGUGGCCCAGAGCGAGCGCUUCGACCGGGACUACAUGCAGAAGAUGUUGGGCACAGACCUGUGCUUCCGCACCCAGAUCUGAGGAGGCACCAGUGUAUGCGCCCCCAACGCACCCCCAUUAAUCGUGCUCCCCAGCAGCAGCUCCAGCACUGCCCCAGCCUGCCUGCAUCUCACUGGCCUCCCUGCACCAGAGGGACUUUAGCAAAAAUUAAGAGUUUAUUUCUGCAUCUUCCUCCCAAAUUUGCACCCAUGUGGAAUGUGCCGCAUUGCUACAAAGUGCUGUGGAGCCUCAUCACACCUCGCAUUGCCCCAGCCCCACGUUGCCUGCCCAGGACGUGUGUAGGAUAUGCCUGUGCGGCUUUUCUUGGUGGAAUAAAACAGCCAUCAUGCGGUACAGAGGCGUUUCCAGCAUGCGAAGUAUAAAAGUUGUUAGCAGCUCCCAAUGCUCAUCUCUGCUGUGGCUGGGGUCCCACACCCACCGCCUCCUGCCUCAGAAACCCCUCCACUGAUGUCACACUUCGAGAAGACACAGGACAGGACAGGGCAUGGUGAUGGCCAUGCCCCUCCCCUGCUGCUGGGACCAUGUGGAAGAGAUGAGGUGAGCAGGAUGGGGACAAAACCAGCCCGAGGGUGGCCGGGAGAUGGACGCAGCCUGGGGAGGUUGAGAUCAACCCUUCCACCCAGGAGCAUCGAAGCUGGGGGCAAAAGGAGGAUUUUGCUGGUCACUUUUGUGCUGUUCUGCUCCCAGGGACCUGGAAGCUAUUAUGCUGUGCCAGUCUCCCUGCAACCACAUAGACCUCCAGGUACGGCGGGUCCCCAGGGGGUCAGAGGAGAGGGUCCCCUCAGCUGCUCCUCCUCCCACCACCACCAAAAAAAACCCAGGGCACACUGCGGCACCUCAGCACAUGUUGCAGCUAGGGAGGUGGAACAGCAUUGCUGAAAGCUGGAACUUUUAAAAUAGCUGUUUUUAUGUUGCAAUCAUUUAAGAAAAGGAAACUGUGAGUCGGAUGGUUAUUGGGUGCCGGUUGCUCAGAUGCUGUCCUCUCCUGCCCAAGUUCAUCAUCCUUUCUUCUGUUUGGUACACGUGCAAGACAAACUUGCCUGCAACCUGGAGGAAAUAUUCACUGCUUGUAGGCAUGGAGCAUCUCUGAAGGUGCGAUUUCUUUCUCAGGAGUGGGUAAAAUAGACAGGUUAAAAAAAAUGAGCGGGGACCUGGGGGACAGGGAAAGUGACAGGGAUGCAGCCAGGAACAACCCAGCGCUGAAACUGGGGCUAUCGGAUGUGAAACAGCUCCACUGUGCUCCAGGAAUGAGACUGACAAUCAGGUGGGACAUGUCCAGGAAUACAGGCAGCAAAACUGAGUUAAAUCCCCUCGUUCAGCAAAAUCCUUGGAGUUUGGCCAUUAGGUACCACAAACCCAGCAAAAGCGGGGGUGGUGGGCGUCACAGCAGAGAUAGGUCUUACCUACCUGGAUGGGUGGGAAGAAAACAAGGACAAAAAGAGAAGAUAUAGAACUGUGAUCUCUCAUUGGAAGAAAUGUUGUUUUAAGUCAUAAUAAAAUAAUUGC